AUGGCUCGAGAUGCGUCUGCAAUAUCCUUCUGGCGGGCCAACUUCAGUCCAGCCUUCAUCUAUCCCAUCAAAGGAAUCUGGUACUUCGCUACCCAUCGAUACCUCCACCCUCUGGCACCGUAUCUACCGAUCGUGGCGUUUCUGGCCAUCUUCCACGUUAACAAGGGUAGCGCUUGGGUUAACGCUACCUUCUUUGUACUCGGUAUUGGAACUCUUCUGAUAUCCAUCCUGUUUGAAGCGCUCUUCGUGGACCACACCCAAGUGGACAUCUUCGACGCAGUGAUGAUAGCAGAGGGCUACGAACAUCUCGUCAAACACCGGCGGCCUGUUUCUGAGGACAUUGAUGAGAGCGAUCCGGUCAAACGAUUGGGAGCACGGGAGAAGGGUGCUCAGUUCGCGCCUUUCAGCUUCCGCCAAAUUAUCGAGUUCGCCGUCCUGCUACCUCUCAACUUCGUCCCAUUCGUUGGAGUGCCGUUGUUUCUGUUGGCAACUGGAUAUCGUGCGGGACCACUUCUAAACUGGAGAUACUAUGCUCUGAAAGGCUUCACUCGAAAGGAACGCAACACAUUUAUCAAAUCGAAGAAGAGGCGAUGGGAGUACAUGUGGUUCGGUUCAAUCUACAUGGUGCUUCAGCUGAUCCCGGUUUUGAGCAUCUUCUUUCUACUCACUUCUGCCGCGGGCAGUGCACUCUGGUCUGUGCACAUUGAGCGGGAGAGUGGCGACAACCUGGUCAACGAAGACGAGGAGGAUCUGCCGCCGGCGUAUACGGAUGAUGAGCCAUGA